AUGGCAUGCUUCCAUACAAAAACCCUGGAAGUCUCUGAAAUAUGGGCACUCAAUCAAAUCACGGAUCCGGGAUCCAAAAGCCAGAGAAAAGAAGAAAAACAAGAGCGUAUGGGUCUGGAUCGUUUGAAAUCUGCCCAAGCAAUAGCUUCUGGUAUGUCCAGGAUUGCCGAAAAGCAGAAGAGCGGCGGGUACCGUUAUACCACCAAACCUAGGUUGUUUCAAUCCCUCUUGAACAAACUUGGCUUCGUCCACGAUGGCCUAACCUUCUGGAAAGGCCAGUUCAAGCCCAAUGACAACUGUGUCGUUUCCAAAACAGCGACGAAAAACUUGGAGAACUCCUUGGAAGAGUUGAAGAAGCAAAUUCACGCCAUAGACAUGCAUUUCCACCUGGGGGAAAAAAAAAUGGGACGUUCCCGACGUUUCGGCAAUAUGGCUUCUGCUUCAGUUGGAGUAUCAGUCCAUGGAAAACCCUCCAAGAGAUCUCGUAAGUUUGAGCUAGGAUUGCCAGAAAAAGAGGGCCGCUCGGCCACGGGCCUUCCUGCCACCAUCGCCGUAUACGCUGAUGGCGAGAGAGUCAUCUUUGGGGAGUGCAAGUCGCGAUGGUAUCCUUUUCGUGUGAUGGACAACAACUUCAAAGAUAUGCGACUUGACCGACUUGGCCGACCUGGCGGACGGAGCCAAAAUGAGGACCACUACAAAGAAGUGGAAGCCAAAACGCAAGGCCUAGAUGCUCUCGUGGUUGCUGAGGGAGGGAAUGAUGCAGACAUCGAGGCACUCGUUCACAGGUUGGAUUCUCAGCAGGGAAAGAAUGCAGACUUCAUGGCACUCGUCCACAAAGGGAAGCUGCGCGCAUAUAGCCUCUGCUAUGGCGAGGCAGAAAAGUCUUUCAAAGCAUGUAAUCCGUGUCGCAAAUGCUUUGUCUUGUAUCGUUGGGGUGACCAGCAAGACAAGAAACCCGGCCAAAAAUCCAAUUCGGCCCUGAACUGUGCCGAAGACGACAUCCAUUUGCAGGAGAAACACCUUGGAAAGUGCCGUUGCGACGAAGCGCAACAAGUUGACCCGCCAACAACUGUGUCAUCCGCGUGA